AUGAACUACUACGGCAACUACUACGGAGGCCUAGGCUACGGCUAUGGAGGCUUCGAUGACCUGGGCUAUGGCUACGGCUGUGGAUGUGGCGGCUUCCGCAGACUGGGUUAUGGCUGUGGCUAUGGAGGCUACGGAUAUGGCUCUGGCUUCGGAGGCUAUGGAUACCGCAGCUGCCGCCCAUCAUGCUAUGGAGGAUAUGGAUUCUCAGUUCUACUGAAAUCCUACCCUGAGGACUCAGUAUCAGAGGUCAUAAGAAGAUCAUUCAAAUUAACCAAAUAUUGA